AUGUCGAAAUACAAAGUUCAUUUCUCAGAAUCUAAAGUGCUUUCAUUCAACGUUCGUAAAUUUACGUCUGAAACAACCGUGCAAGAUGAUGCCAUGAAACUAUUUGAAAGGUAUAUCGCAAAUGCGCUGCCAGAGUACAAGAAAGAACUGUUGGCAGAUGAUGGGCUACACAAUGCAACUAUGGGCCCCUGUGAGCUUGAAGACAGCAUACUUUAUAGUGACAUGACGAUUGAAGAGAAAGACGCUAAACUUUGCAAGGUCACAAAGCUGUACCGUGACAACAUACAGUACAUCUAA